ACACAUCCAGGUAAGUUCAUUCAUUUCAGGUGUAUAAUAUAGCAGCACUGAGAGAGAGUAGCUACAUAUGUGGAAUGUGUUUCUCAAAUGAUGGCACAAGAACAAAAUAGGAAAAGAGACAUCGCUGAUGCUGGGGAAACCAGUAAGUCAAUGGAAGGGGUGUUCCAUAACUAUUUAGAGGAGAAAGUUCGGCCUUAUAUCGAUCUAAUCGACUCUUUGAGACAGUUUGGUAUUGAAGAAGAUUUAGCUUUGCCAACUAUAGCUGUAAUUGGAGAUCAGAGUUGUGGAAAAAGCUCUGUGUUGGAAGCAGUAUCUGGUGUGGCAUUACCCCGAGGGAGUGGUAUUGUUACGAGGUGUCCACUGGAGCUAAAGCUGAGAAAUAUUAAAUGUGGUGUUCAAUGGAAAGCUGUAAUAUCUUACAAAGAAAAGUUCAUUGAGUUUGAUGACCCAUCACUGGUUGAGAAUUAUGUUGAAGCAGCCCAGAAUGAGCUGGCUGGAGAAGGUGUUGGAAUUUGUGAUGAACUCAUCACUUUGGAGAUCAUGGCUCCUGAUGUGUGUGACCUCACACUGAUCGAUCUCCCUGGGAUUGCCCGAGUUCCUGUAAAAGGUCAACCUGAGGAUGUUGGAUAUCAGAUCAAAAAUCUUAUACUGAAAUAUAUAGAGAAGGAUCAAACGAUAAAUUUAGUUGUGGUCCCAUGCAAUGUUGACAUAGCAACUACAGAAGCUCUUAAAAUGGCACAGGAAGUGGAUCCUGAAGGGAAAAGGACUCUGGCUAUUCUUACAAAGCCAGACCUUAUAGACACAGGAACAGAGAAAAACAUACUGGAUAUCGUACGAAAUCAGGUGAUUCCUCUAAGUAAAGGAUACAUAAUCGUGAAGUGCCGAGGCCAAAAGCAAAUUAAUGACAGGAUCUCUCUGGCUGAGGCCACUCGAGAAGAAAGGGAAUUCUUCAGAGAUCAUAAAUUCUUCAGUUGCCUGUUGUAUGAAGAGAAAGCAACUAUUCAGUGCCUUGCCACCAAACUGACCCAAGACCUGGUAGAUCACAUCAAAAAAUCAAUACCUCUAAUCUCAGAUGAGGUCAAGAAGCAACUGUGGAGUUUGAGAAAAGAGCUGAGUCAUUGUGAAGCCGGCCCACCACUGGACCCGCUGAAGAGAAAAGCCUUUUUUAUUAACGUCAUAACAAACUUUUAUGAUAAGAUUAAUCGUUUGGCAUCUGGGGAAGCAGUUAACAAUGAGAACUUGUUUAUACUACUUCGGUCUGAGAUCAAAGUGUGGAAAGACCAUCUUGACAAGACAAAGAAAUCAUUUCAGAAAAUGGCCCAGGAGGUGGUGGAUGAAUAUGAUUUGAAGCACAGAGGACGGGAGCUACCUGGUUUCAGUGACUACAAGGUGUUCGAGAUGAUGGUGCAGAAACUUGUGAUUCAACUAUCAGGACCAGCCACUGACACACUCAGAGCCAUCAGUGAUACCAUUCACAAACAGUUUUCUCUUGUGUCUAAAACCUGCUUCCUGAAGUACCCUUUUAUCCAGAGUGUUGCAAUGAACAAAAUAGACAACACUUUGUCAAACCAGAGAGAAAAGGUGGAGCGGAGGAUCAUGGAACAGUUUAAGAUGGAGCAACUGGUUUACACUCAAGAUGACAUCUACUUCAAGACCCUAAAUGAGACUCGCUCUAAAGGAAAGCAAAAAACUUCAGAAGACCAGCAAGCUAAAUAUCCUGAAAUGCUGCAUGCAUAUUAUGAGAUUGUGGUGCAGCGUUUGGCUGACCAGGUGCCUAUGCUAAUUCAAUACUUCAUGCUUAAGGAAUCUGCCCAGAUGCUAUGCAGUGAGAUGCUGGUUUUAAUGGAUGGGGCCAAUGUUGAUGAUGCCUUGCGUGAAGAGUCGGAUGUCAGUAGAAACCGCACCAAUCUCCAGAAUCGCAUGGACCGUCUUACCCUUGCUCAAGAGAAACUCAGCAACUUUGUUUAAACUAAUACUAUUUUUUAGAUUGUCCCCUACUCCCCUUGUCCCUUAGUCUAGAUUAGAUGCAAAUGCUGUUCUCUGGCCU